CAACAUGACGAUUUAGUAGAAAUUUUGCGGGUAGUUUAAAUUUCUUUGUUCUAAAGAACCGAAUAAAGGUUUUAUAACACACAUUUGACGCUGUUCGUUUUGUGGUUAUCCAAUAAUUAAAGCUAAGGAAAAUUUAAAAAAUUAGAGCUGAUAAGUUUGUCGCUGAUGGUCUAAUGCAAAUUAAUAUUUACAUUACAGUCUGUUAGGUAGUUUUUAUUUCUGUAGUUAUUUUACAAGUUCAUUUUUAAAUUUCAUACAUCGAAAGUGUUGCGUUCAAAUAAUUUUAUUUCACUAUGCCGCAAAAUGACGCAUUAGCAGAUGUAGUGGAGAUAUGUGCUUUAAUUCAAUGUCUAGGAUUUAGCCUGAAGUCAUUGGAGACGAAUGAUGCAAAUGCUAGCCAGGAUGGAGGUGGUGUCAGGACUGUUACUAUCAAUUGUCAGACAUCGGGGUUACAUAUUGUACUGGAAAGUGCCAACGUGUCCUGUUCAUGCCCCGCCACCAACCAGCAGAAUAGCGGAUUGUGGCAGAUUUCGGGCAUUACUGGCGGGAAAUUACAUGAUAAGGAAUUUGGAUGUACUCUUCUCGACUCGUUACCGAGGGAUUACCGCGAGCGUCUCGCCGCGGAACUGCGGGAGAUGAUUAAAUGUAUCAAGCAGUAUAAUAAUUCUGAACUAAACAAGUCCAUAUUGGAACCUGUCGACAAGUCUGCGAGUAUGGUUGAACUCGGCACACCUGACAAAAAAUUGUGCCAAGCUAAAGUGGAUACACCAACCCGUUAUCGCUCUUUGGACGCCUUGACUAAUCCAAAAAGGGAAGCUGAGCAGCCAUUACCGGCUCCAGGCCCAUUGCAGCGGCAGACACCAAGCAUGUAUGCUGAUGACAUUUCUAAGAAAACAAUGUGUCGCAGGCAGAGUACGUACACUGUUUCUUCAAUGUCUGGUAGUAGCGUAAGGCGACGGAAUAAAACAUCAAGCCCGAUUCAGAGUCAAAGCGGCAUUCUUGAUAGAUUGUUAGCCGCAGAGAAAGUAGCUGAAGAUCUACGCAGCAGACUAUCGUCAGUGAUCAGAGAUUUUGUAGAAGAAGGAAGGGAUGAUUCUUCUAUGUCUUCAAUGAUAUUAGAUGUAUCCAAAAUAUCAAUAUUAAAGGGAGAAACAUCAAAGGCUCAAUUCGCUUCCAGUCCCAAUCUUUCAGGGUUGGACUCUGUUCAGGAAGACUUCCCGAAGAGUCGUUUGAAGCGUUUCGAGAGUGCUUCAACUUCUAACUUGGGUCCAACUAAACAGAUUGCAAAAGGCGAUGGAAAAAUUUCACGUUUGCGUCGUUUGUCUCCUAGUCUGUUUAAGGCCAAGAAAGACAGCCCGAUUAUAAAGACUGAUUUCAAAGCAACAGAGAGUAAAAGUAAAUUAAACGCUUUAUUUCGGCCAAAAAUAGUAACACCGGUCCUAACUCCAAGAGGCAAAUCAGAAUCAAGUCCUAAUAUUAGCUCUUCUAAAAAGAAGUUUAGUCAUGUUAAAUCCACUAUACCAAGGCCCACAAAAAGAGAGUGAACUAAGAAAGCUAAUUUUUAUACAAAUAAAACACAUAAAUUUUAUUAAAAACGUGUUUGUAAAGAAAAUAAUAAAGUCGUUUUUGA